ACUAACUCGGCAAUAUGUACCGGUAUUGCGUUGUACUUGCAUAUACAUUCACGACCGUGACAGCAGACUGUAAAGUGAUCGUGUAUCAUAACGAUCAACAAUAAUAAACGCUCAGUUCGGCCUUGCAUGAACUGUAUGUCGUCUGCAUUUACGUCUGUAUUAUAGCAUCGUACCGUGUACGUCUGAUAACUGAACAUCUACGACUGUGUCGCAACAAACACCGGUUGACAUAUAGGCCCGCCAAUGUUGUGACUGUGGCAGUGUAUAUUUUUGUACCAUAUUAAAGUGAUGGCACAACAACAAACGACGGUUGUUUUAGCACCGACCCAACCCGCUGUCCAGACUUCGGUGGUAAUACACAAGAAAGAAGGCAAUGCCUGUCGGGCUGCGAUCCCUGCCAUGCCUAUGGUUAUGGCUGUGUUCUGUCUCAUCUUCAAUAUUUUCGCUCCUGGUUUAGGCACUAUCAUUGCUGGAUUUACAGUGUUCUGCUGUGGCAACCCUGGGCAGUCUGGAUUGGGUAAAUGUGGAACGAUGUGUCUCAAUGUGUUCGUAGGUCUCCUCCAGUUAGUAUUGACAGUUAUUCUAGUAGGUUGGAUCUGGUCCAUCAUGUGGGGAGUCGCAUUCAUCGGCAUGUCACAUGAUUAUGCUCAGACCAACAAAACAACGACUACUCUGGUAACGACUAGAAACCCAGGACCGCAGGCAGUCACGAUCACUCAAACACAACCACCACCACAACCCCAGCCAUAUUACCCUCAACCACCUCUGCAACAUGGUUAUCAGAACCCGCAACAGGGCUACCCUCCUCAGGCGCAUCAGGGUUAUGCCCCUCCUCCUCAGCAAGGAUAUGCCCCACCCCCUCAACAAGGAUAUGCCCCACCCCCUCAACAAGGAUAUGCCCCGCCUCCUCAACAGGGACACGCCCCUCCUCUUCAGGGAACGGCACCACCACUUGAGAGCAACUAUUCUCAGCAACCUGCUUACAACCCUUAUCAACAACCAGAUCAACAUCAGCAGCCUCCGCCAUAUACGGCCAGUGAACUGCCUCCAAAGAAGUCAUAGUGCCUGAUAAUAAUAGGAAUAUAUCUAUUUUUAAGGUGAUUUAUCGCAAGAGACUCCUUGCCUUCAGAACUAAAGCUUCCUUAAUGUUCGUGGUAACGAUAUAUGUUUCUACAUGCAUUGGGAUUGAGAUUGAGACAGUGUGUGUGUGUGUGUGUGUGUGUGUGUGUGUGUGAGAGAGAGAGAGAGGGGGGGGGGGGUGCAGGGGCGCAUGCUAACUCGAGCUAAAUUAUCUAAAUGUAAAAUAUAACACAAACAAAGAUAAGAGGUUUGUAGGAAAUGAGAAGCAUGUUUGAUUGAUUAAAAAGAAAUUAAAGCGUUCUCUCACAUGAUUCAUAAAAAUAUUACAUUUAUUAGUUUUUUUUCCAAAUAUCACCACUGCCCUUUCUUCCUCCAUUUUCCCAAGUCAGGGAGUUUUCGUUACGGUAACGUGUUGGGCGUUAGCUUGGAGAACAAUAUGAACCCAUGCAGGUGAAUAUCGUCCCUGUAUUAGUUUGAAUAUUUUUGCUACCUAGUUUUCGUGAAUUCCGUUACUUGGCAUCCGCGAAAAUAUCACCUCUUGGAAGCAAUGGCACGCGUCAAAAGAAUUGAAGGAUUGAGUUUGGAUACCGGAUGCAAUAUUUCUUUUAUAAUGAGAAUGAUUGAACCGAAUGGGCCAUAUUUCGACUCUCUUCAUUUUAGAUUGGACAUGUAAAGACAUGCAAGUCAAGUCGACGUGACAAAGAUGAUGUGAAAAUAGAAAAAAAAAGAUUGAAGCCCAUAUUUUUUUUUAAUGAAAGGUCCCCAGCCUCUUUCAGCGACCCUCGAGUCUCCUCCGCAAGAACGUCAAUUUCGAAAGGCCUGUAGGUUUACAAAAAAAUCAAAGAAAACGUAUGAUUGCAUGACAAUAUACUAUAUAG